CUCCUCCGUGGGUGCCCGGCACAGCCUUGGAUUCAGCCUUCCCCGCCGUUCGAGUCAGUUUCCCUCGCGGCGGCUGCGGGCAAAGGCAGCCGCUGGCGGAGCAUCUCUGCGGCCACCGCGGCUCUCCGGCUGGACCCGGUGCAGGUUGAGCAGCCCCUCGCCCCUUCCCCGAGGCGUCCGAGUCUCCCGAGCCCCUCGCCUCCCAGUCCCCCGCACCCUUCUCUCCGAAGCCGGCGGGGCGCCGGGCAGGAUCCCGACCCCCAACAUCGGGAUCCCGGGACCAGCGCUCCUCUGGAGCGGGGCGCUCUGGGAGACUGGUGCCCCGCCGCCCCUGACCGCCGGGGGGUGCCCCAGGGACGCGUCGCCGCGGAGAGGAGCAGGCAGAGGGGACCAUGCGGCGCCUGACUCGCCGCCUGGCGCUGCCGAUCUUCGGGGUGCUUUGGAUCACCGUUCUGCUGUUCUUCUGGGUCACCAAGAGGAAGUUGGAGGUGCCGCUGGGACCUGAAGUGCAGACCCCCAAGCCUUCUGAUGCAGAUUGGGAUGACCUAUGGGAGCAGUUUGAUGAACGGCGGUAUCUGAAUGCCAAAAAGUGGCGUGUUGGUGAUGAUCCCUACAAACUGUAUGCUUUCAACCAGCGGGAGAGCGAGCGGAUCUCCAGCAAUAGAGCUGUCCCGGAAACACGCCAUAAGAGAUGUACGCUGCUGGUGUACUGCACAGAUCUUCCUCCCACUAGCAUCAUCAUCACCUUCCACAACGAGGCACGUUCUACCCUACUCAGAACCAUUCGCAGUGUAUUAAACCGCACCCCCAUGCAUCUGAUCCAGGAAAUCAUAUUAGUGGACGACUUCAGCAAUGAUCCCGAUGACUGCAAGCAGCUCAUCAAACUGCCCAAGGUGAAGUGCAUCCGCAACAAUGAGCGGCAAGGUCUGGUGAGGUCUCGGAUGCGAGGUGCUGACAUUGCUCAGGGCACCACUCUGACAUUCCUGGACAGCCACUGUGAGGUGAACAGAGACUGGCUGCAGCCCCUGCUUCACAGGGUCAAAGAGGACUAUACUCGGGUAGUAUGCCCUGUGAUUGACAUCAUUAACCUGGAUACCUUUAACUACAUUGAGUCUGCCUCGGAGCUCAGAGGCGGAUUUGACUGGAGCCUACACUUCCGGUGGGAACAGCUCUCCCCAGAGCAGAAGGCUCGGCGCCUGGACCCCACUGAGCCUAUCCGGACUCCAAUCAUAGCUGGAGGGCUCUUCGUGAUUGACAAAGCCUGGUUUGAUUACCUGGGGAAAUAUGACAUCGACAUGGACAUCUGGGGUGGGGAGAACUUCGAAAUCUCCUUCCGAGUGUGGAUGUGCGGAGGCAGCCUGGAGAUUGUCCCCUGCAGCCGGGUGGGACAUGUCUUCAGGAAAAAGCACCCGUAUGUUUUCCCAGAUGGAAAUGCCAACACAUACAUAAAGAACACCAAGAGGACAGCUGAAGUGUGGAUGGAUGAAUACAAACAAUACUACUAUGCAGCCCGGCCUUUUGCCCUGGAGAGACCCUUUGGGAACAUCGAGAACAGGCUGAACCUGAGGAAGAAUCUGCACUGUCAGAGCUUCAAGUGGUACCUGGAGAAUGUCUACCCAGAACUCAGGAUCCCCUCAGACUCCUCCAUCCAGAAGGGCAACAUCCGGCAGAGGCAAAAGUGCCUUGAGUCUCAAAAGCAGAAAAACCAAGAGAUUCCACAUCUAAGGCUGAACACCUGUGCCAAAGUCAAAGACGAAAAAACAAAGUCCCAGGUAUGGGCCUUCACAUAUACCCAGCAGAUCAUUCAGGAGGAGCUGUGCCUGUCUGUCAUCACCCUGUUCCCAGGUGCCCCGGUGGUUCUUGUUCUGUGUAAGAAUGGAGAUGAGAGACAGCAAUGGACCAAGACUGGAGCCCGCAUUGAGCAUAUAGCAUCGCACCUCUGCCUAGACACAGACAUGUUCGGUGAGAGCACUGAGGAUGGCAAAGAAGUUGUUGUCAACCCGUGUGAGUCAUCACUCAUGAGCCAGCACUGGGACAUUGUGAGUUCCUGAGGAUCCUGUCUCGAUCCAGCUGUGGGCCAGGGAUGCUGCUUCCCCGGACCAAAACAAACUGGAACCCCGGCUAUCAACAGCCCAUGACCGCACAACUUGCCCUGAACUGGAGGUGAAGCUGAGAACCCCAGGACAGGAGCAACUGUCUCAGGGAGGGAUGGAAGCAAAAGUCGCAAGCAGGGCUCUGCGACUGACCUACAUGUUUGCAAAGCUGUGAAGUUCCAGUUCUGGCCAGGUCUGCUGACAGAGACCUAGAGAGAGAGAUCCAAUGGGAAGUGUUUGUUGUUCCCUUUUUUAUAAAAGGUACCCUGUGGAUGCCAGAGAGAAAAGCUCUCCUAGUCCCAUUCAGGACUAAAUAGAGAGAUGCAGAAUGAAGGUGAUUUUCAGAACAAAUAAAGUUAACUUUAGAAGUUGUC